AUGUCCACCGAGCCAACCUUCGACAAUCUCCACAGGGAAAUGUUCGACCUCGGUCUCCAAAACCGGCGCGAAGUUGUUGGAGACGCAUACGUCAAUGCAGCAUUGCAGAAUGGAUCGAGCGAGUUCGCCUAUCCGGGCCAGCAGCUGGUUACCGAGUGGUGCUGGGGUAAUAUCUGGUCACGACCGGGUUUGGAGCGCAAACAGCGCAGUCUUCUCAAUAUCGGCAUGUUGAUCGCACUCAAGAGUUGGCCGGAACUAGGCGCUCAUGUCCGCGGUGCUAUUAACAAUGGUCUGACGGAGAUUGAGAUCCGCGAGGCUGUCCUCCACGCCACCAUCUACUGUGGUGUCCCGGCAGGCGUGGAGGCGAUGAAGGUGGCCGAGAGGGCGAUUAACGAUAUGGUGGCCAAGGGAGAGCACAAGCGGAAGUUGGCGGAGAAGUCGCCGUUGAUUCGAUAG